AUGGGCAACUCGCAAUCCUCCGCCUCUCCCGCGGCCAUCGAACCUGCAGUCGAGAAGAUCCUCGUGCAGCAACUCCAGAACCUCCGCACUCGUGAUAAGAUCAGGCAGCUGGAGAUUGAGAAAGAGUACAUCCACGUAGACGCCGAGAAGGGCAUUCCCCAGGCAUACUCCGCUGACCCGACACUCUCUGUCAAGGCGGCCGAAGCAUGGGAAAAGGAACUACUGGCCGACCCGAAGAACCGGCUGGCAUUGAAUGCUCUGCUUUCCAAUGACAUCCGGUCGGUGGUCUCCAACAAGGUCGCCACCCUGACAGACACGCAGACGUUCAACGUCAAGAUCCCGUUUGAGGGCUCUCCGGUCACAAAUCAAAGGUCGUCAGGAAGAUGUUGGUUGUUUGCGACCACCAACGUGCUCAGAGUGGCCGUGAUGAAGAAGCACAACUUGAAAGAGUUUGAACUGAGCCAGGCAUACCUGUUCUUCUGGGACAAGCUGGAGAAGGCCAAUUGGUUUCUUGAACAGAUGAUCGACACAGCCAGUCAAGAGUUGGAUAGCAGACUGGUGCAAGAGCUGCUGGGGGCGCCUGUCAACGAUGGCGGUCAAUGGGACAUGGCUGCCAACCUGGUCGCCAAGUACGGAUUGGUUCCGCAAAAGCUCUACCCAGAUUCAUACAACGCGAUGAAUUCAUCGGCCAUGGGUUCCAUCUUGACGACCAAACUCCGUGAAGACGGUCUUGUUUUGCGAUCGAUGAUCAACACCCCUUCAAUGAAGAAGUCAUCCAUCAUUGCCGCAAAGGCCAAGAUGAUGCAAGAGGUUCACUGUAUCCUGACGCUCAUGCUGGGACCUCCACCCAAACCUGACGAGAAAUUCACCUGGGAAUACUACGACGCCAACGACAAGUACAGCAAGGUCGUCAAGACCCCGCUCGAGCUGGCCGCAGAACUAUCCAGCCCCAGCGUCGUGCGCUCCUUGAACGCCAAUGUGAGCGAACUGUUCAGCCUGGUCAACGACCCCCGCAACAAAUACAACCAGCUUAUGACGGUCGAAAGGCUGGGCAACGUCGUCGGCGGCCGGCCCAUCACCUACGUCAACGUGGACAUGACGACGAUGAAAAAAGCCACCAUCGCCAUGCUGCGGGCCGGAUUGCCCGUCUUUUUCGGCAGCGACGUGGGCAAAUUCUCCAACUCGACCUCGGGCAUCAUGGACCCGGCCCUGUACGACUACGGGCUGGCAUUCAACGUCAGCUUGAAUCUGAGCAAGAGCCAGCGCCUCAAGGUGCGCGAGUCGGCCAUGACUCAUGCCAUGGUCCUCACCGCUGUGCAGGUCGAAGACGGCAAGCCCGUCCGUUGGCGCGUGAUGAACUCUUGGGGCGAUGCCGCCGGCGAGAAGGGCUACUUUGUCAUGACGGAUAAGUGGAUGGACGAAUUCGUCUACCAGGUCGUCGUCGAUCCCGGGUUUGUGGGUAAAGAUAUCAAGGACCUAUUGAAGACGGAGCCGCUGGUUCUGCCGCUUUGGGAUCCUAUGGGCGCGUUAGCUUAG